AUGUCGUCGCAGACCAUGACGGCGCCAGCUGUGGGCCAUCGUCCGCCUGAUCCAGGCACCGAUACGCCCAUGUACGACUAUGGCGGCUCACAGAGCGACGCUUCGCCCUCGAACGACCCUAGAAGCGACUCCGCAAUUCGCGACAUGCAUAAUUCUGCCCCAGCCUCUAUGGCUUUGCCCGCCACCCCAAUUGGGAUUAAGACAGAACCCUCGGAGAACCAGGAUUUUUCAAUGGAUGUGGAUGAAAAAGAUUCAAAUGCUCAAACGGCCGCCGGGGCUCUUUUAGCUCAACUGUUAGGGAAUCAGACCGCGACAACCUCUUCUUCUGCGCCGGAACAAUCUACUGGAAUUCAGACAGAGCAACAGGAUGUGAAGCCGCUCGGUUCAAAUCGCCCUUCAAUAGAUCAUGCCGCCCAGAUCUCUACGCUCGCCGACUCGAACUUCAACUUUGAUCCAGAUUCGACGUCUGCGCUGGGGGGGAUGUCAAAUAUACCGAAUGGUCUGCUUACGGCGGAUUUGUUUGCUGGGCUUGGUACGGCUCCACAGGAAGGAAAUAUUGGCGAACACCGAUUAUCAGAUGCUAUGGAUCCUCUAUCAGAUCCAUUGAACUCAAAGUCGGGCCUUGAGCAGCCUUCGCUCUUGCCUGCUUUUGAUGUGGUCGAAGCUCCGAAGAAUGCGUUUGAGGCUUUGCAACAGAACGAGCUGCUCACGGCUGCAUACCUCUCACAGAGUGCUGAUCUAUCAGCUUUGGGAUAUCAAGAUGGAUCAGCAUCAAUUUCUGGAUCCGAGCCUAAGAUUCAAGCAUUUGCCAAGUUGGAGUUUGAUGAUGGACAUUUCUAUGUCAAUACGUACUCCUUCAUCUUGGGACGAGAUGUCCGAGCUGCGCGUGCCGCCCACCAGCGCGAGAUUCAGUUCAGGCACGCCGUGCGGAGUUCCAGGGCAAAGAGCUCGAGCGGUGGCCACACCUCGCAUACUCCGAAUCGAAUGAAGAGGGAAGAAAGUGCUGCUAUGAUGGGUAGUGUUGUUAGUGAUCGUGGAGGUAUCAUGGGAUUUGAUCCUGAUGUUCCCCCGCACCUUCCGGGAAAUGUGGAUAUCAGUAGACGAUCAUCAAAGUCUUCUCUUGGUGAAUCUGCUAUGCCCAUGCAUGCCAAUCCAGCGCAGCUUCAAACAACCACUGCUACAGACUACAAUGCGCUUGCAAUGCAAUCUUUGCAAGAUGGAAAUGCUGACGCAAAGCCCGUUGAUGCCCUGGCUCUGCUUCCAUCGCCUGACUCCUGCCCUACGAUCCCUAUACAUCCUCCAUCGACUGUUGAUGGCAUCGCCGCAGGACAUCGCGGAAUAUCCCGCCGACAUGUCCGCAUUGCCUACAACUUCGACCGUAGUCUCUUUGAGAUGGAGGUUAUGGGUCGUAACGGUGCAUUUAUUGGAGCGGAUUGGCUUUCGCCGGGGCAGCUUCGACCGUUGCACAGUGGAGACUAUAUUCAGAUUGGAGGCGUGCGUAUCCGAUUCUUACUGCCAGAUGUACCUAUCGGCGAGACUGGUGCCGAUCGCCUGGAAGAGCAAGCGGCGGAUGACGACGAAGAUGCUCUUGAGUCCGUUGAUGCUGAGCAUGAGAUUGAUGAUAUGGACAGAGCUUUGAGCGAUAGUGCAGAGGGCAAUGACUCGAAGGUCACCAAACUUAUUCUCAAAUCGAAGGACCAUGAUUCCAAGACUAUACAAUCUAUUGAAGCAUCGGGAGAUCAACCAGCUCGCCGUCGUGGACCUGGCCGACCUCCCAAGGAUGGGAUCAUGUCUAAACGUGAAAGGGCUGAACUUGCCCGGGAACAGAAAAUCGCUGCUAAGCGUGAAGCUAAUGGCGGUAUCACACCACCACCAGCCACACCAACAGCACAGGCGGGACCACCACUGCCAACAACUAUACCAACAUCAGCAUCCGCGUCAGCGUCAGCGUCAGCGUCAGCGUCAGCGUCAGUGCAACCCCGGCCGUCUAAAGCUGGCAAGACAACAACAAAGGAGCCCGUGGGAGCCGAAUCACCGAAUUCGUCUGUUAAGCCCUCAGAUAAGCGGAAAUAUAAGAAGCGGAAGGGGGAUGGCACCUCAAUGGAUUUCCCUCUUCCUUCUAUGGAAGGUGGCCAAUUACCCACAGAGCAGCGAACCGAGGAAUAUGUCAAACCACCACCAGUCAAGAAGCGCAAGCCGUCUCGGUCACCUUCUCCCAAUUAUCCACCUGAGUCUGCGUAUACGCAGGAGGACUUGGCCAAGCCGCCUUAUAACUACGCUGUUCUUAUUUUUGAUGCUCUUACGGAUGCUGGAAACCCGAUGACGCUGAAGCAAAUAUACCGCGCAUUAAAGUUGAAGUAUCCUUACUUCCGCUUCAAGUGUGAAACAGAGGGAUGGACUUCAAGUGUACGACAUAACCUUAAUGGUAAUAGCCACUUGUUCAUGCACGCAGAGAGGGAUGGCAAGGGUUGGUCAUGGCAGCUUCGGCCUGGUGCCUCUGUUGAAAAGGAAAAGAAGAGACGACCGUCACCUCCACCACCGCCGCCACAACCGCCGCAAGUAUCAGUUCCAGCUCCCCAACCGUAUAUGGGCGGUCCUCCUAUGUCUCAUUCCUAUGUUUCCCCAUCUGCUGGUCCACCUCCUCCAAUGCAGACCCAACGCCACAACUUCCAAUUCCCUCCAAUGCCAUCCAACACCAACACCUUCCCUGCACCUACUCCGGCGGCGCCUCAGCAUUCGAGUUCAUACGCACCUCCUGCUCCUCCAGUCUCUUCUACUCCUGUCAAACCUCCUGUUUCUACUCCCGCCCCGGCACCUGCUCCUGCUCCUGCUACUGCUCCUGCUGUUGCUCCUCCUGUUCCUGCUCCGGCAUCUUUCCCUAUCCCAAGCACUAUUCGGAACAAUCUCCCUGCUGCUUUUGCUCAUACCAUCCCAUCCACUUACACAUCUCCCUAUGCAUCCGAUCCCACACCUAAAACUGCUCAGCCUGGUCAGACUCAAACACCAAGGCCUGGACAAGGGCCACCACCGCCUCAACAGCAGCAACAGCAGCAGUCUCCUUACCCACCUCAAAAGCCUCCUUCUUCUCAACCACCACGCGUAAAUACGCAACCUCAGACCUUUUCUCCUGCUCCCCCUCCUGCUGGGUCUCAAUAUAAACCUCAGCACCAGCAACCGGCUCAUUUACAGCAAUCGCAGCCCCCACCACAGCCGCAGCCUCAUCAACACCCUCAUCAGCACUCUCAACCUCCUCAGCACGCACCACCUCCGCAUCAUCAUUCACAGAAUCAACAUCCUCCACCUCCACCUCCUGGCCCGCCUGCGCAUUCGCAUUCGCAUUCGCAACCUCAAUCAAUGCCAACGCAGCACAAUCCUAUGCCAAGUGGACAAUCGGAGACAUCCUCGUUCAAUGACCGUGCGAACAAGGCGAUUGAUGAUUUCGAAGCGGUGCUUAUGGAGGACUACGAAGAUAAGAACUACAUCCGAGAGGUGCUCCGAAGUGCUCGUGCUCGUGUACUAGGCAAUGCUACUGAGAGCUCAUUCCCCGGUGGAGAACCCAAGGACGAGGGCGUCAUCAUGGACGUACUUCGCAACCUGGUUGGAAGCUUGAAAGACGAGUAA